AUGUCAUCGUUUAUUAGUCAAACUUAUAUUCCAAGUGAAAUUAUAACAAAAUCUAGUAGCAGUGUUAGUCAUACAGCUCCAAACAGAAUUUAUAUGUAUAAAUUUAUUCAUGAAAUAUUGUCAUUAACUGAUCAUGAAAUAGAAAGAUUAAUUCAAAGUGAUAGUUUUCAUUUAUUACACAAUGGUAUCCAAAAAUUUUAUGAUGAAAAUAAAAAUUCAAAAGAAAAUGAAAUAAAUCAUUUAUUUGAAGAUUUUUUACACAAACGAAAUUUUAAUUAUAUUCAUGAUACGUGUUCAUAUAAUGAUAAAAUAUUUGUUGAUUUAUUUUCCAAUUUAAAACCGGAUAUGUCUUGGAAUUGUACUACAGGUUCACGACUUAAUGAUUAUUCAAGUUGUCCUUUUUUUUUCAAAUCAAUUAUUGAAUUAAAAACAAAGAAAGUAAAGACGAAAGAUUAUGAUCAAAUAGCCAGUUAUCUCACUUCUAUAUUACGUUAUUCACCCGGUCGAAAAUUUAUCAUAGGUUGCCUAACCAAUUUUGAAGAAACAAUGUUAAUCAAGGUUUUAUAUGAUGACACAAUAAAUCAGAUCAAGUAUAUUACACAAGCUACAGUUACACAACUUACCGGUUUACAAAUAUUAACAUUAUUUUUAAGUUUAUCAGAUACUCAAUUAGGUUAUAAUGAGAAAUUUAUAAAUAUAUUUUCAAAUAAAAAAAUAGUAUUUUUACAUUAUUUGGGACGAGGUAGUUCUUCGUUUGUGUUUUAUUGUGAAUCUCAACAAGAACAAUUAACAAAAUUUGUUUUAAAAAUCUCAAGACAAAAUUGUAUCAAAGAAAAAUUUAUAAUUGAAGAAAUGAACAAAAUAAAACGAGAAAAUAUGAAUCUAAUUCAAUGUAUGAAUAUGAAUUUUGAUGAUGAUUAUGCUGAUUAUUUAAUUACAUUCAAUUUACGUGGAGUUAAACUUGAUAAACUAUUCAUACAACGUUUUUUAGAUGAUACACAAUUAUUAAUCAAUAUUUGGCAACAAGUUCAUUUAUGUCAUAAAAUUGGUUAUAUACAUAGCGACAUUCGAAUUGGAAAUAUGAUUAUGUAUGAAAAUAUGGUAUAUAUCAUCGAUUAUAGUAGUGCUGUAAAACCAAAAACUCCAAGUUAUUAUCAAGGUUGUGUAUCUACAGCAUCAAAUGGUAUAUUAACAAUUUUAGGAUCAAAUAUUGAAAAAAUAUCAUUGUAUUAUACUGAUGAUGGAAUUUCAUUUUUAAAAUGUAUAUUAUUAUUAAAACCUUAUUUUCAACAUUAUACAUCAAUUAUUAAAAAAGCAGUUGAAGAUAAUAAGACAUUGGAUAUUCUACCAACUUAUGAAUAUGCGAUGAAAUUAUUUAAGGAUAAAAAUAUUAUUAAAACACUUGCUUUUUUAGAAGAAAAUAGAGAAAUAUUAUCCGUCGAUGAUUUAAAUGAUAUAAUAAUACAUACAUUAAAAAAUGAAAAAACAGAUGAUUAUCAUAUUGAUGAAUUUUUACAAAAGUUGAAAUUAUAA